AUGUUGAAUACCUGCCUCAAGGACUUUGAGCAAGUCCUUGAAUAUCUGUCGCAUAGGACCUCCGCCGCUCACCGACAAGCGGUCCUCCACCACUGCCAAAUACGGACGUCACUGCCGCAAUUGCUUCAACGACAAACAUCAAGAGCAACGACAGAUUUGGCGAAGCCGAGGAGUUCGGGCUCUUCUAGGACUGGGAAGCGGGAAUUUCCUCUUUCUGGGCCCUUUGAAUAUAGGCUUAGGGUUUCUUCAUCCUUGCGAGCUAAAAUACUAAUUGAUAACUUAAGGAAUCAACUAACCCAAACCAACGGGGACCAGAAAUCAAGCAAGACAUUAUUAAAUUUAGCCUAUGAACCAAACACAGAGGAAUAUCAGCCAGUAGUACCAGAUAAAGACAGCACAGAACAAAUCCCAAUAACAAAAAUCAGCUUGGCAAAAUUUCUUGGCCUGCAAUGUACAGGUAGCCUCGUUUCCGAUCCUUCAAACAAUGAAAAGGAAGAUAUGCGCGAGUCAGUCGUCCUCUCUUGUCGAGUCGGUCACAGCCGUAGGAACCCACCAUCUUCCGUCAGCCGCAACUGCCUCCAGCUUCGAGAUCCAAAUGGCUGUGCAGACAAGACAGGCGCUGAAGACCGUGCCGACCCAUCCACUGCAGGCCGUAGAGAAGUUGCUGAUCUGAGCCACCGCCUUUGGCCACACAAUCAUCGAUAUCCGUCGGGGGCCAGCGAAAUUCACCAGUGUGUCGUCUCCAUUAAUCCAAGUGGCCAUUCGUCGCACUGUUUAGUCGCGCUGUCGCCAUCCACUUUAAGCCCUUGGUUGCCAUCGCUCACGAGCGCGUUCUGCAGGUCUCAGCCAUCGUCACCGAUUAUGGAGCCUGUCAAUCGAGAGAAAAACAGCGUGAAGAUGGAAAGGGUUUUGUCUUGUAGGACAUCGAUG